CUCCGCCCCCUGCAACCCAGCCCACACCUCUCCGUUGGCUGGUCCAAUGUCGCGCAUUUUUAGAGUUGCCAUGUUUCCGACAGUCCGUAAACGCGGCUCAUCCCUUGACUGGUAACCAGCAUGGAAAGAAAAGUGCUCGCGAUGCAGGCGAGGAAGAAGAGGACAAAGCCCAGGAAGCCUGGCAAAAAACCAGAGCCUCAUGGUCGUGGAGGCGGCUCUCAGUCGGGUCAGGCGAACUCGCCCCUCCCAGAGCAGGACGAGGAGAUCCUGGGCUCUGAUGACGACGAGCAGGAGGACCCCAAUGACUACUGCAGGGGUGGAUAUCACCACGUGAAAAUUGGAGAUCUGUUCAAUGGGAGGUAUCAUGUGAUCCGUAAGCUGGGCUGGGGCCACUUCUCCACGGUGUGGCUGGCCUGGGACAUCCAGGCAAAGCGCUUCGUGGCCAUGAAGGUUGUAAAAAGUGCCGAGCAUUACACAGAAACCGCUCUUGAUGAGAUCAAGCUGCUCAAAUCGGUGAGAAACACGGAUCCCGGUGACCCCAGCCGAGAGAAAGUGGUACAGCUUCUUGACGACUUCAAAAUUUCUGGCACGAAUGGCACUCAUGUGUGCAUGGUAUUUGAGGUGCUGGGGUAUCACCUGCUGAAGUGGAUCAUCAAAUCAAAUUAUCAAGGCCUGCCGCUGCCCUGUGUUAAAAGCAUCAUACGUCAGGUUCUGCAGGGUUUAGACUACCUCCACACCAAGUGCAAGAUCAUCCACACAGACAUCAAACCAGAGAACAUUCUGCUGACCGUCAACGAGCCCUACAUCAAGAAAAUGGCUGCUGAGGCUACGCAGUGGCAGAAGACUGGUGCUGCACCUCCCUCGGGCUCUGCAGUGAGCACAGCCCCGCCACCCAAACCAAUGGCCAAAAUGUCAAAGAACAAAAAGAAGAAGAUGAAGAAGAAGCAAAAGAAGCAGGCAGAAAUGCUGGAGAAAAGGAUCCAGGAGAUGGAGGGAGGAGUUCCGCCUGAAGGAUGUGAAGAAGAAGACGACGACGAGACCACAACGGAAACCACAGAGGACACCACUUCCUCGGCCACCCUGUCCAUAUCUGCCACGCUGCAAGACAUCGCUAACAAUGCUGACACAGACACGACUUCCAACCAGCCGCCCCUGCAGAUGCCAGAGGGAAAUGAACGAAAACAGGAUUUGGGCGAGGAGGAGAACAGGAUGGACGUGAACCUCAACGGCCGCGCCUCCGCGUCAGAGAGCGAGGCCAGCCCCGAGAGCCAGGUUCACGGGACCGAGCAGGAGGACCAGCAGAACGCGAACCAAGGAGCAAACGACACAGAAACUCAAGACGCGCUAAGUAACAACGAGGGGCAUCAGACCAGUAACAAUUCACCUGGGGACACGGACACGGACCAGCAGCAGCUCCCGCCCUCCGUCAGCCCCGACUCCGUCGCGGUCGAGCUAAAGGAGGGAGAUAAAGUGGAGAAGAGGGAGGAGGAUAUGGACACUCAGGGGGAGACCAAAAGAGGGGAGGAAGAAGACGACGAUAACAGCCAUGAUGGAGCAUCAGGCAGCAUGUUGGUAAACCCCCUGGAGCCCGUCAAUGCUGACAAGCUGCAGGUUAAGAUUGCCGACCUCGGUAAUGCCUGCUGGGUGCACAAACAUUUCACAGACGACAUCCAGACGAGGCAGUAUCGUUCUCUUGAGGUGCUGAUAGGAGGCGGCUACAGCACACCAGCUGACAUCUGGAGCACAGCCUGCAUGGCCUUUGAACUUGCUACUGGUGAUUAUCUGUUUGAACCCCACUCUGGAGAAGACUACUCCCGAGAUGAAGAUCACAUAGCCCUGAUCAUUGAGCUGCUCGGUAAAGUUCCUCGGAAGCUGAUCUCGGCAGGAAAAUAUACCAAGGAGUUUUUCACCAAGAAAGGUGACCUGCGUCACAUCACCAGGCUGAAGCCGUGGGGUCUGAUAGACGUCUUGGUAGAAAAGUACGAGUGGUCGAAAGAGGAGGCCCACACCUUCAGCAGCUUCCUCCUGCCCAUGCUGGACCUGGUGCCUGAGCGGAGGGCCACAGCGGCCCAGUGCCUCUCCCAUCAAUGGCUCGCAUCCUAGAGGCCCCCUGCGCACGCUGCCACCCUCACGUUGUAAAAGGGAUGCGUUCGGUUUAAAAGUUUCUGGGUUUGAAAACACGGUAAAUAAACUCAAGUCUGCGAGAGCCUGCGGCUGCAUCGUGCCUGCGUCCUCCUGUCGAGGAUCUCUGAGGCUCCCGACAUCUGAAAACAUCUUAACAGUUAAAAGAGACUGCUGCUUAGUUUUUGUCCUGUAAUGGAUCACACUGGUUGUAGAAGGAACUCAAGGACUUCUCCCUGUAUUUCUGGCUCUCUUUUUCUUUUUUUUUUGCUUGCUGCAGGGGACUUGUUGGCCUUAUUUUUGGGGGGGCUUCUGACUCCAGCUCUUUUGCUGCAGCACAUACUUCUCUGUACUUUUAGCAAUUGGUAAUUAAUUUUGUUGGAUUGAAAAGAAAGUUGCACUUUUCUAUAAAACGGAAGCAAAAAUCGCCUCACGCUGUUGUCAGUUUGACCACGACCAGACCCAUCCCUGUUUGCCAGUCAUCAUUUAGCCGUGCCAACUUUUAUGCUUUUGGAUGUCAACUGUGUGCAAAGUGCUAAGAAUGAAUAACUGCUUAAUGCAAACGGGCAUGUAGAGUGACUAGUAACCUUCUUAGCACCGUUAACUUAGCUUUGUCCUUGAAAAAUGUUUGUACAUUUGUAUUCAGACAGCAUUAGGAAGUAUAGGUUUCAUACAUCUCAAGUCUGGGGAGUCUCCAAAAUCGGUGUGUAGUCUCAGACUCUCUCUAGUUAAAGCUUUUCUCUUCAGAUUCAGCUUUCCAGUUUCCUGUACAAUAUAAUGUGGACAGAAUUUCAGAUCCUUUUUCUAAAUGCACAAGUUGAAAAAAAGACAAUUAACUGGUUUCGCACCUUUAUCGUGUUUUUCCUGUUAAGAAUUGCUUCAUACACCAGUGUCCAUAUUAACAUGUGACUUCACAUCCUGUGUGUACAGUACAGUGUACCAAAGAGUCGGCCUGUUGUCUCCCCCUAUUUUCAGCAUUAGCAUUGCACAAUGUCUGGAAGAGACUCGUAAGCAGUGGUGGUUGAAGGCAGAAGCUGUAACAUUUGAGCAAUUAUUAUUUUAUUUUUACACUUUUUUAGAAAUGUUUCGAAGAAUGUUCAGGUGAUUUCAGGCUGAAUGGGAAAAAAAAAUUGGCUUCAAGUGUUUCCACUGCACAUGUAGGUGUCGGAGUGGAAAUGCGAUUGUACUAAAUAUUGAUGCUGUAAUAAGGCUUGAAAACCAUUUUUCUUAUUUUUCUACAAAAUCUCUUCUUCCAAUGUCUCCCCUCUUCAUUUUGUCUUUUUUUUCUGUAGGUAAUAAUAAAGAAAGAUUCUAAAUCCA